AUGCCCGCUUUAAGAAGUACGAGAAGAUCUGAUAAGAAUCAACCUAAACAAGAGGAGUUUGAAGAAGAAGAACCUUAUGAUGAAGAAGUUGAACCUUAUGAUGAAGAUGAAGAAGAAGCUGAAACUCGUUGUAUAUGUGAUCAAAUGGAUCCUCCUGAUGAAAAUGGUCUGUUUAUUCAAUGUGAAAAAUGUUCUGUUUGGCAACAUGGUUAUUGUGUUUCAAUUUCUGAUUUAGUACCUGAAAAAUAUUGGUGUGAAUUAUGUAAACCUGAAUUACAUACAAUUAUAAUUAGACCUGAUUCAAAAAUGACUAAAUAUUUACCUGUUCAACCAAAAGAAUCAAAUUCAACAACAAAUAAACGUAAAAAUAGACGUACAGCUGCUAAUUCAACAACAAAUACAACAUCAACAACAACUGAUCAAAAACAAACAAAACAAAAUGAUAAAGAAUUAAGUGCAUCUGCUCAAUCUAAAAGAGAUAAAGAAGAAUUAGAAGAAUUAACUUUGAAAAGAAGAAGAGAUAGAGGUACUUAUUCUUCAAGAGAAGAUGCAAGAUAUGAAGCUUUAAUUCAAAGAGCUAUUGAAGAAAGUAAAAGAGAUGCUAAAAAUGGUGAUUUGAAAUCUGAUGAAGAACAAAAUGAUUCAAAAACAAGAAAUUCAAAAACAAGAAAUUCAAGAUCUUCAAGAAGAAGUAGAAAAACUAAAAAUCAUGAUGAUUCUAUUGAUGAAGAAAAUAAUGAUGAUGAAGAUGAUGAAGAUUCAAAAGGUGUUAAAAAUGAAGAUAAUGAUGAACAAAAUGAUAAUAACAAUAAUAAUGAUCAACAAAAACAUGAAGAUUCGAAAAAGCAUUCACCAACAAAUAAUAAAAGAAAAAAAUCUGAAGAAAUUGAUGAUAAUCAAAAUGAUGAAUUUUCAAAUCAAUAUACUUCUUCACUUACUGCUGAUACAACUCUUAGACCACCAAGUUCCAAAAAUUCCAGAUCAAACAAUUCAAAUCAUCUAACAGGUACUGAAUUAGAAUCAAAUAAUGAAUCAUCAACAACAAAAUCACGUAAAAGAGCAAAAAAAUCUAAAACAACAAGUACAUCAUCAACAACAACAAAUAAUAAAUCACCACAAAAGGAUAAAGAUUCUUCAAUAGAUUUUAAUAAACCAAUAAAACCAAGAUUACCACAACAAAGAACAACACUAAAUGAAAUGAGGAAAAGAGUUGCUGCUAUAUUAGAAUUUAUUGGUAGAACUCAAAUUAAUUUAGCAAAUGAACAAAAAGAUGAAAAUGAAUUAACAAAAUUUAUUGAAGAUGAAAAUCAAAAAGAAAUUUUAGAAAAUUUAUUUAAAAAUUAUAAUGGAUCUUUGGAAUUAAUGGAUGGAUUAACAAGGAAAUUAUUAAUUUGGGAACAAAAAUUUGGAAAAUUUGGUGAUAAAUAA